GUCAGUGGAUAAGACUGCACAAUAUUAGAAAGUCUUCGUAUAGCUUUUCAAUAUUGCAGGACAAAAGAAUUGUCCAUUUUCACACCGAAAAGUCAAAAUAUUAUUUUUUGUAGCUCCGAGUAGCAAUGAAAAUUUUCGCCGCUGCAAUUUCGAUAUUAUGUGUGGUAAUUGAUCAAAAAGCCACGGUACAAGGAGGAUUGAUCGAUAUAUUUAGAGGAAAAGAUAAAACACCAGAUGAAGCAUCUGGUGAAGGAUCAGGUGGAUUUUCUGGAGGACUAUCGGGUAAUUUAAAAUUACCAGGGAACAUUUUAUCAGAAUGUAGUGUUGGAGGGAAUGUAAAUGGCAACAUUGGAGCUUCACCAUCUGGAGGUAUACAAGGAGAUGUUAAUGCAGAAGUUAAUUUGCCGUCUUGUGACUGCAUCAGAAAAUUCGAUGCCCAAGGGUCCGUAGGCGGUGGAGGAUCUACUGGUUUUGGUGGUUUCGGAGUUAGUGGUGGAGCAAGUUUUGGUGGAAGUCUUGCAAUGCCGGGGGUGAAUUGCGCUGAAACUGAUAAUCCGCCUGAAGAAGAACCUAAUGAAGAACAAGAUCCAUCAGAAGAGCAAGAGUCUUCUGAAGACGAAAAUUCGCCUGAAGAAGAAGAAGUUGAUGUUACAACUUUACCUCUUUGCGCAGAUUUACGUAAACAAGAUCUCCAAGGAUCGUUAGGAAGUACAGAUACGUCUAAUAAAGUCGCUCCAGGAAACCGUAAUAAAGAUAAUGUUUUUGAAAAAAUUUCCGUUAUUAUUCCCGGAGUUAAUUGCUAUGAGCCAGAGCCUCCAGAAAAAGAGUCUGAAGAAUCAACAGAAGCGCCUGAGGAGUCAGAAGAGUCUGAACAAUCAACAGUAGCACCUAAAGAGUCAGAAGAGUCUGAACAAUCAACGGACGUAUACGGAGAGUCAGAAGAGUCUGAAGAAUCAACAGAAACACCUGAGGAGUCGAAAGAGUCUGAACAAUCAACAGAAGCACCUGAAAAGUCAGAAGAGUCUGAACAAUCAACAGAAGCACCUGAAGAAUCAGAAGAGUCUGAACAAUCAACAGAAGCACCUGAAGAGUCAGAAGAGUCUGAAGAAUCAACAGAAACACCUGAAGAGUCGAAAGAGUCUGAACAAUCAACAGAAGCACCUGAAGAAUCAGAAGAGUCUGAACAAUCAACAGAAGCACCUGAAGAAUCAGAAGAGUCUGAACAAUCAACAGAAGCACCUGAAGAGUUAGAAGAGUCUGAAGAAUCAACAGAAGCACCAGGAAAAAAUUCUUACUGUUAUCACCUAGAUAUUAAUAGAGAUAUAAUAAUGUCACCCAAGAAUAAUUUUUUAACGGCUUCUCCAGUUGGAAAUGCUGAUGCACCUGCUGAAUUCUAUCAAACAAUGUACAUGGACAAUGCACUUCAAAUUUACCAAACUGACCUCUCACUAGAUAAGAAACUUAUUUAUGAUUCAAAACCUGAAAAAAAAAUGACAAAUAUUUGCAAUGAUUCAUAUCCAGAAGGAUCAAUUGAAGCCAAUAUUUGGAAAAUUAUCAAUUUAGAGGUCAUGGCCGGUAAAGGAUGUCCUGUAAAGAAAGGAAGUGGUUAUACUUUUCCAGAAUGGCUUAGAGGAACGGAACUUACGCUUAAUGAACCAUUGGAGUACGGCAAUUACAAAUUAAAUAUUGAUUUUGAUACUCCUCAAGGUGCCUGGGCGUUGAAACUGUUAUUUCUGUUUGAAGUAAACGAAAACUCUGAGUGCACUGUUAAAGAAAGUUUUGACGAAUCAACAGAAGAACCUGAAGAAUCAACAGAAGCACCUGAAGAAUCAGAAGAGUCUGAACAAUCAACAGAAGCACCUGAAGAAUCAGAAGAGUCUGAACAAUCAACAGAAGCACCUGAAGAAUCAGAAGAGUCUGAACAAUCAACAGAAGCACCUGAAGAGUUAGAAGAGUCUGAAGAAUCAACAGAAGCACCAGGAAAAAAUUCUUACUGUUAUCGCCUAGAUAUUAAUAGAGAUAUAAUAAUGUCACCCAAGAAUAAUUUUUUAACGGCUUCUCCAGUUGAAAAUGCUGAUGCACCUGCUGAAUUCUAUCAAACAAUGAACAUGGACAAUGCACUUCAAAUUUACCAAACUGACCUCUCACUAGAUAAGAAACUUAUUUAUGAUUCAAAACCUGAAAAAAAAAUGACAAAUAUUUGCAAUGAUUCAUAUCCAGAAGGAUCAAUUGAAGCCAAUAUUUGGAAAAUUAUCAAUUUAGAGGUCAUGGCCGGUAAAGGAUGUCCCGUAGAGAAAGGAAGUGGUUAUACUUUUCCAGAAUGGCUUAGAGGAACGGAACUUACGCUUAAUGAACCAUUGGAGUACGGCAAUUACAAAUUAAAUAUUGAUUUUGAUACUCCUCAAGAUGCCUGGGCGUUGAAACUGUUAAUUCUGUUUGAAGUAAACGAAAACUCUGAGUGCACUGUUAAAGAAAGUUUUGACGAAUCAACAGAAGAACCUGAAGAAUCAACAGAAGCACCUGAAGAAUCAGAAGAGUCUGAACAAUCAACAGAAGCACCUGAAGAAUCAGAAGAGUCUGAACAAUCAACAGAAGCACCUGAAGAAUCAGAAGAGUCUGAACAAUCAACAGAAGCACCUGAAGAGUUAGAAGAGUCUGAAGAAUCAACAGAAGCACCAGGAAAAAAUUCUUACUGUUAUCGCCUAGAUAUUAAUAGAGAUAUAAUAAUGUCACCCAAGAAUUACUUUUUAACGGCUUCUCCAGUUGAAAAUGCUGAUGCACCUGCUGAAUUCUAUCAAACAAUGAACAUGGACAAUGCACUUCAAAUUUACCAAACUGACCUCUCACUAGAUAAGAAACUUAUUUAUGAUUCAAAACCUGAAAAAAAAAUGACAAAUAUUUGCAAUGAUUCAUAUCCAGAAGGAUCAAUUGAAGCCAAUAUUUGGAAAAUUAUCAAUUUAGAGGUCAUGGCCGGUAAAGGAUGUCCCGUAGAGAAAGGAAGUGGUUAUACUUUUCCAGAAUGGCUUAGAGGAACGGAACUUACGCUUAAUGAACCAUUGGAGUACGGCAAUUACAAAUUAAAUAUUGAUUUUGAUACUCCUCAAGAUGCCUGGGCGUUGAAACUGUUAAUUCUGUUUGAAGUAAACGAAAACUCUGAGUGCACUGUUAAAGAAAGUUUUGACGAAUCAACAGAAGAACCUGAAGAAUCAACAGAAGCACCUGAAGAAUCAGAAGAGUCUGAACAAUCAACAGAAGCACCUGAAGAAUCAGAAGAGUCUGAACAAUCAACAGAAGCACCUGAAGAGUUAGAAGAGUCUGAAGAAUCAACAGAAGCACCAGGAAAAAAUUCUUACUGUUAUCGCCUAGAUAUUAAUAGAGAUAUAAUAAUGUCACCCAAGAAUAAUUUUUUAACGGCUUCUCCAGUUGAAAAUGCUGAUGCACCUGCUGAAUUCUAUCAAACAAUGAACAUGGACAAUGCACUUCAAAUUUACCAAACUGACCUCUCACUAGAUAAGAAACUUAUUUAUGAUUCAAAACCUGAAAAAAAAAUGACAAAUAUUUGCAAUGAUUCAUAUCCAGAAGGAUCAAUUGAAGCCAAUAUUUGGAAAAUUAUCAAUUUAGAGGUCAUGGCCGGUAAAGGAUGUCCUGUAGAGAAAGGAAGUGGUUAUACUUUUCCAGAAUGGCUUAGAGGAACGGAACUUACGCUUAAUGAACCAUUGGAGUACGGCAAUUACAAAUUAAAUAUUGAUUUUGAUACUCCUCAAGAUGCCUGGGCGUUGAAACUGUUAUUUCUGUUUGAAGUAAACGAAAACUCUGAGUGCACUGUUAAAGAAAGUUUUGACGAAUCAACAGAAGCACCUGAAGAAUCAGAAGAGUCUGAACAAUCAACAGAAGCACCUGAAGAAUCAGAAGAGUCUGAACAAUCAACAGAAGCACCUGAAGAGUUAGAAGAGUCUGAAGAAUCAACAGAAGCGCCAGGAAGAAAUUCUUACUGUUAUCACCUAGAUAUUAAUAGAGAUAUAAUAAUGUCACCCAAGAAUAAUUUUUUAACGGCUUCUCCAGUUGGAAAUGCUGAUUCACCUGCUGAAUUCUAUCAAACAAUGAAUAUGGACAAUGCACUUCAAAUUUACCAAACUGACCUCUCACUAGAUAAGAAACUUAUUUAUGAUUCAAAACCUGAAAAAAAAAUGACAAAUAUUUGCAAUGAUUCAUAUCCAGAAGGAUCAAUUGAAGCCAAUAUUUGGAAAAUUAUCAAUUUAGAGGUCAUGGCCGGUAAAGGAUGUCCCGUAGAGAAAGGAAGUGGUUAUACUUUUCCAGAAUGGCUUAGAGGAACGGAACUUACGCUUAAUGAACCAUUGGAGUACGGCAAUUACAAAUUAAAUAUUGAUUUUGAUACUCCUCAAGAUGCCUGGGCGUUGAAACUGUUAUUUCUGUUUGAAGUAAACGAAAACUCUGAGUGCACUGUUAAAGAAAGUUUUGACGAAUCAACAGAAGAACCUGAAGAAUCAACAGAAGCACCUGAAGAAUCAGAAGAGUCUGAACAAUCAACAGAAGCACCUGAAGAAUCAGAAGAGUCUGAACAAUCAACAGAAGCACCUGAAGAAUCAGAAGAGUCUGAACAAUCAACAGAAGCACCUGAAGAGUUAGAAGAGUCUGAAGAAUCAACAGAAGCGCCAGGAAGAAAUUCUUACUGUUAUCACCUAGAUAUUAAUAGAGAUAUAAUAAUGUCACCCAAGAAUAAUUUUUUAACGGCUUCUCCAGUUGGAAAUGCUGAUUCACCUGCUGAAUUCUAUCAAACAAUGAAUAUGGACAAUGCACUUCAAAUUUACCAAACUGACCUCUCACUAGAUAAGAAACUUAUUUAUGAUUCAAAACCUGAAAAAAAAAUGACAAAUAUUUGCAAUGAUUCAUAUCCAGAAGGAUCAAUUGAAGCCAAUAUUUGGAAAAUUAUCAAUUUAGAGGUCAUGGCCGGUAAAGGAUGUCCCGUAGAGAAAGGAAGUGGUUAUACUUUUCCAGAAUGGCUUAGAGGAACGGAACUUACGCUUAAUGAACCAUUGGAGUACGGCAAUUACAAAUUAAAUAUUGAUUUUGAUACUCCUCAAGGUGCCUGGGCGUUGAAACUGUCAUUUCUGUUUGAAGUAAACGAAAACUCUGAGUGCACUGUUAAAGAAAGUUUUGACGAAUCAACAGAAGCACCUGAAGAAUCAGAAGAGUCUGAAGAAGAAUCAGAGCAAUGUUAUAUAGUCGAUAUGGAUGUCCAAGUAGUAAAAAUACCAAUGUUCAUGGGUGUUCUAAACAAACCUAUGGACAAGGAUAACGCUUUUAAAAUUAACGGAGCUGAUAUGAAAGUUGAUGGUAAGUUCAUUUAUGAUUCAAGAUCUGAAGAAGAAAUGACAAACGCCUGCGAAGAUUCAUAUCCCGAGGGGUCUUUUCAAGCUAAUAUUUGGCAUAUGUUCAAUUUGGGAAUUCUGAAAGGCAAAGGAUGUCCUGUCGAACAAGGAAGCAUUAAGACGUUCCCUAAGAAGCUGGAUGAUAUGCAGCUCAAGAUAAACGAGCGAUUAGAACCUGGUGAUUACACUGCGCACCUAGACUUGGCAGCACCUGAUGGGACUUGGGCUGGAGCUAUUUACUUCUACUUUAUGUUAGAUGGUCCUUCUGAGUGUAAAGAGGAAGAAGAACCUCAAGAACCAAUAAAACCAUUUGAAGAUGAAUCCAAUUCUAAUUGUUACAAAGUAGAUAUAAGGAGAAGUACGUUACUUACACCCGAAAAUAACUUUCUGAACUCUUCUGAGCCUACUGGAGAUGUGACCGCAGAAUUCUAUCAAACCAUGGACAUGGAAAAUGCACUUCAAUUUCACACAGCUGAACUCUCCGUAAAUUUGAAAUCUAUUUAUGAUUCAAAAAAAAUGAAAAAUGUUUGCGAUGAUUCAUAUCCAGAAGGAUCAUUUGAAGCCAAUAUUUGGAAAAUUUUCAACUUGAGUAUCAUGAAUGGUCAAGGAUGUCCUAUGGAAAAAGGUGACAAUCACACCUUCAUUGAGUGGCUAAGAGGAACAGAGCUCAACUUUAAUGAUCCGUUGGAGUACGGAAACUACAGGGUUCACAUGGAGUUUGAUACCCCUGAAGGUGAAUGGGUGUUGGGGAUGUACUUAGGUUUUGUAGUCGACGAAAAUUCCAUGUGUAACCGUUCGUGAGUCUUAUCAAGUAAUAAAAGUGCUUGAAGAUGACAGAGAGGUAUAAAUAUAUUGUAGAUAUCAGUGAAGAACAUGCAAGCUGUCAUAUUUGUUGAAAAAUUAACACGAAGAAGAUAUCUGCAUUUCUGGUUGAAAUAUACGCACUCGAUUCUUAACAAAUUCAAAAUUAAAAACAAUAAAAAACAAAAAAAAAUUA